AUAUAUUGUCAAGUCAGGCUGUGGACACUGAUCUGCUCUCGUCAAUCUAAUUUCUACUGCUAAGUUGCUGCUUGGAUAAUUUGGAAUGUACCAAAACCACAUCAAAGAGACCAACAACAACUGCAACGAAGGCCUUCUCAGUGAUCACAAGGAAAAGCUUUUCCAUGCUAUUAAAAGAAUAAAGCACGAGGUAGAUGAGUGCAGAGAAGCAGAGAGAGGAACAUACAUAGAGUCACGACAAGUAGAGAAUAGUUUUGAUUCACUGGAACGAGAAAUCAGUGCCGAGUUUCAAAACCUCCAUAGUUUCCUGGAUGAGGAGGAGUGUAAGGAGAUGGAUCGACUGAGGAGGGAGAGACAGAAACAACUGAAGCAGCUGAAGGAACGAAAGAAGAAGAUGGCGGAGCAAGGGAGAGACCUGGAGAGAGCAAUCUCGGUGCUAAACAGCAAACUGACCGAGGAGAACAGUCCUAAACUAAUCAGAGAAAUCCAAGAUCUCCUAAAAAGGUCUAAGGUGCGCUUUGUUCCUCCGGCAGAAGUCGACACUGAGGUGCGCUCCGGCCAGUUUGUGGGGCCAAUACAGUACAGGAUAUGGAAGCACAUGAAAAGCUGCCUUUACCCAAAUAUUACACCAAUGACCAUUGACCCCGACACAGCCCACCCUAAUCUGUCGGUGUCCCAGUCUUGCACCUCAGUAUGCUUUGAGGAGGACAAGGACACAAAGCACGUCCAGGCCAACCCACAACGCUUCCACUACUACUACUGCGCGUUGGGCCAUCAGAGCUUCACGACGGGCCGACACUACUGGGAGGUGGACGUGGGACAAAAGACAGCAUGGAGGUUGGGCGUUGCACGAGAAGACGUCCCGAGAGGCGAGAUGGAUGCUACUGGCGAGUCCAGCGGCCUCUGGACUCUGGCCCUGAUGGGCGGAUUCGUCCAAGCCUACACCGACCCCAAGCCCACCAAGGUCAACGUAUCGCUGCGACUCGUCCGCAUCGGUGUGUUCUUAGAUUGUGAAAAGGAGGAAGUGUCUUUCUAUAAUGCCGUUACCAUGGCGCCCAUCUAUACCUUUACAAUGGGGACGGUUGGGGUUCCUUUGUUCCCCUUCUAUAAUCCAUGUGAUGCGGAUGAUGGGAAGAACACAGAAUCGCUUAAAAUCUUUAACCCUUCACUAUGACCUGGAGGGCCUGCAGGGAUUUCCAACAAAAGUAGCAAAUUUUAUAUGAAUAAAAUCAUUCUUACAUUUAGAGCUGAAAAACUAUAAUUUGUUAGUGUUUUAAAUAUCAGUCAAUGGUUGGUAGGAAACAUUUUCAAACAAAUGCGUUUGCUUUAUUUUGUCAUAGGGUUUGGGUUUGGAAUAGUCAUGAUGGACAAAACAAGCCAUAUUUUGGAUUCAAAAAUAUUUUUUUGAGCAUUUUAUGACAAAAACACAUACAUAUAACACAGAUUUGAUGAUAAAAUAAAGUCAUUGUUUGUUGCAGCCCUAAUGAUAUGACAAACAUGCCUAAACUUUCUGAAUAAGAAAAAAUCCACUUUAAAUGGUUUUUAUAACCAUUAUUUGUGUCUGUUUUCAAUGAAAAUCUGAAGUAAAUGUGAGCAAAUGUAUUUGUUAUAAAUAGUAGAUCAAAUCCCAGCCUGUGCUCUGCUGCUGGCCUGAAGCUGCAGGGUCCAUUACGGGCUACAAUAGCAUUAUGAUGUUAUCUUUGGCCUGAUUAUAAAUAUCUCUCUAGUCUCUGCUUAGCUAUGAUGUGUCCUGGCAAUGCUACGGAAGUCAGUAUUAGCGAGGCGCGUG